UCCAGCUGCAUCUGAGUGGAAGCCGCAAAUCAAUAAUCGAUUACUCAUAUACCAUAUUGCUGGGAAUCGACAGGAGCGAAUCAAUAGACCUUCAAUUGUUGUGAUUACUUCAAUGGCAUGGGACUUUUCACAACUGCCGACAAACGCUGACAUUUCCAGGACGUCCGUCGCACGCUUAUUAGUGAUCCAGAGUUCCAUGACGCAAUAGCUCCUGGCCAGAGACGACGAUGAGCAGUCACGAAGGGAGGUCCGGCGAGAGGUCACACGUCUUUCAGAUCCGCAUCGACAGCGUCGAGGAUGAGAGCACCGCCCCCAUAACGGAGGCCAGUUCUCGGGAGGAUCUCAUCAGCAGCGCAGCCCGGGAGGGCGACAGGACCAGCGAGCAGUGCGUCUUUCAGUUUCCCAGAUUUCUUUCGGUGCCAACGCUGCGAAGUCCGCGCCAAUCCCCAGAUCCCUCCACCCGGAGGCAGGUUAUGUCCAGUCCGGCAAAGAGCGAGCGCAUGAGCCGCCGGAGCCAGACAAAACCACGACCACGAAGACUCAGCCAGGACAGUGGCAUUGUGGCAGGCAGAUUGAUUGGCUACGGAGAGAGUGCUCUAAUUGACGCCGAUCUGCAACCAAGGCCACUCCGAACGGACAAGACAGUUGACAUAUACCGCUGCCAAGGAGAAGAUAAUGACUUAGUGGAAAAUAGCAAGCCAGCCACUCCGAUUCCGCCCAAAACCAAGCUGAGCGCCAAUCGGAUUCGAGCAGGAUCAGCUGCGUAUACGGAAAAGUGGCUCAACUCAUCGGUGAUGCGGACCAGCAAUGGCAAUCCCCUGUUCCCCAAAUCCAACUCGAUUGCUGUGCCGCUGCCCACGCAUCUGGAAUCGGAAUCCGCGGAACCGAGUCCCACGCAGGCCUUUGGACCCAAGAUCGUGGGCAGCAACGAGGAGGACAUUCCGGGCACAGCCAUGCGAAGGAGCCUCGGUCUGAACUUAAGUGCCACGCUGGGAUCUGCUGACCGAGUGAACCAGUCGUAUGAGAUUAUGGAGUCGUCGCACUCGAACGUUUUACCCGACCAAUUUGGCUACCGCCAACUAGUUCCCACGGAACGGAAGGCCUCCGAUGCCAUGAGCUCCGUCAGCGGCAGUUACUACGGCAGUCGGAAGGCCAGCAAGAGCAAUAGCCUCGGUGGCGAGUCCGGAGACGAGAGAAGGGUCAGCAAGCAGGACCGGGAGGGCUUGGACCCGGAGUCGCUGAUGUUCCGGGACGGCAGACGCAAGGUGGAUAUGGUGCUGGCCUGGGAGGAGGAGGACCUGGGCGUCAUGACCGAGGUGGAGGCCAAGAAACGCGACAACAGGCGCUGCUUCAUGGAGAACCUCAUCAAGGAGGGACUCGAGGUCGAGCUGGAGGACAAGUCCCAGUCCUUCAACGAGAAGACCUUCUUUUUGAAGAUUCACCUGCCCUGGCGUCUGGAAACACGGCUGGCCGAGGUCAUGAACCUAAAGCUGCCCGUCAAAAGAUUCAUCACCAUAUCCGUGAAGCCAUCUUGGGACGAGGAGAACGUUGUUCUUAGAAACGUGCAGUAUUGGAAGGACAUGUGGCAGCGCAUGACCAAAAGAAUUCAGCUGGACCAAACCCUUUUGGAGGGGGAGACUACAUUUAAGGCUGCAACAGCUGGUGGCAACCCAGAAGAGCAAUUUAUUGUGAAGGACCGGGCGACGGCCUUCACCAGUGCGCAGCGUUCGCUGAUGGUGAUGCAGGUGCUCAUCCGGACGCCGUUCGACGAGAGUGAUCGCAACGGCAUCCGGCGGCUGCUGAACGACGGCACCUACCUGGCCUGCUUCCCGCUGCACGAGGGGCGGUACGACCGGCCGCACUCCAGCGGUAUCUCGCUGGACCGCCGGGUGCUCUACCAGACGUGGGCCCACCCCUCGCAGUGGUACAAGAAGCAGCCGCUGUGCCUGGUGCGCAAGUACUUUGGCGACAAGAUCGCCUUGUACUUCUGCUGGCUGGGGUUCUACACGGAGAUGCUCGUCUACCCGUCCGUGGUGGGCUUCCUCUGCUUCAUCUACGGACUGGCCACCCUGGAGUCGGAGGACAACAUCCCCAGCAUGGAGAUCUGCAACGAAUACGGCACGGGCAACAUCACCCUGUGUCCACUGUGCGACAAGGCCUGCAGCUAUCAGCGACUCUCGGAGUCCUGCCUCUUCUCGCGGCUCACCUAUCUCUUUGACAAUCCAUCGACGGUGUUCUUUGCCAUCUUCAUGUCUUUCUGGGCCACCACAUUUCUGGAACUUUGGAAACGAAAACAGUCGGUGCUUGUCUGGGAAUGGGACUUGCACAACGUGGACAUGGACGAAGAGAACCGUCCAGAAUUUGAGACGAAUGCCACCACGUUUCGCAUGAAUCCCGUCACGCGGGAAAAGGAGCCCUACAUGUCCACCUGGAACCGCUCCAUAAGAUUUGUCAUUACCGGAAGUGCUGUGCUUUUCAUGAUCUCUGUGGUUCUCUCUGCGGUGCUGGGCACCAUCUUGUACCGCAUAACUCUGGUGUCUGUUAUUUAUGGAGGAGGAGGGUUUUUCGUAAAGGAGCAUGCCAAGCUAUUCACCAGUGUCACGGCUGCCUUGAUCAAUUUGGUGGUCAUUAUGCUGCUGACACGGAUCUAUCACCGCAUGGCCAUCAGGUUGACCAACCUGGAGAAUCCGCGCACCCACACGGAAUACGAGGACUCGUACACCUUUAAGAUCUUCUUCUUUGAGUUCAUGAACUUCUACUCAUCGCUCAUCUACAUCGCCUUCUUCAAGGGGCGCUUCUUUGAUUAUCCUGGGGAUGAGGGAGCCCGCAGGAGUCAGUUUUUCCGACUGAAGAACGACAUCUGCGACCCGGCUGGCUGUUUGUCGGAGCUUUGCAUCCAAUUGGCCAUUAUUAUGGUGGGCAAACAGUGCUGGAACAAUUUCAUGGAGUACCUGUUUCCGAAGUUUUGGAACUGGUGGCGUCAGAGGAAGCAUAAACAGGCCACCAAAGAUGAAUCACAUCUGCACAUGGCUUGGGAGCAGGACUACCACAUGCAGGACCCAGGACGCCUGGCUUUGUUCGAUGAGUAUCUGGAAAUGAUUCUGCAAUAUGGCUUUGUCACCCUGUUUGUGGCUGCAUUCCCCUUGGCACCGCUCUUCGCGCUCCUCAAUAAUGUGGCAGAGAUCCGCUUGGAUGCCUACAAGAUGGUCACGCAGGCCAGACGGCCACUGGCGGAACGGGUGGAGGACAUUGGAGCUUGGUACGGCAUCCUGCGAAUCAUCACCUACACGGCCGUCGUCUCGAAUGCCUUUGUGAUAGCCUACACCAGCGACUUUAUACCUCGCAUGGUCUACAAGUUCGUCUACUCUGAGACCCACACUUUGGCGGGCUACAUCGAGCACUCGCUGUCCAUCUUCAACACCUCCGAUUACAAGGAAGAGUGGGGCGCUUCGGUCAGUGAGAAAGAUCCAGAUACCUGCCAAUAUCGCGGCUACAGAAAUGGCCCCAAGGAUUAUGAGCCUUAUGGACUGAGUCCCCAUUAUUGGCAUGUCUUUGCUGCCCGUUUGGCUUUUGUUGUGGUUUUUGAGCACGUGGUGUUCGUAAUCACUGGCAUCAUGCAGUUCAUCAUUCCGGACGUCCCGUCCGAGGUGAAGACCCAAAUGCAGCGGGAACAACUGCUGGCCAAGGAGGCCAAGUACCAGCAUGGGAUUAAGAGGGCCCAGGGCGAUAACCAGGACAUCAUGAGCCUGUUCCGGGACACCUGCAAUCGGACCUCGAUCGCCGGAAGCCAGGUCACUGCCCGUGGAAGCUGGGCUCGCCGCUUCAGCCGGCUGAGCGAUGGACUGGAUGCCCACGUGGAGGUCGCCGCUAGGCCACGAAGGUCGGUGGAGUCCACGGUGUGGGAGGUUUCCUGACACGAGGAGGAGGCCGAGAGCGAGGGCCAGGAUAACAAGGGAUGAGGCCCAUCAGGAAGUCCUUAAGCAAUGACCAAUACUCGUCUCCUUUCCAAGAUCAUUAAACUAGACUUAUUAACGUGUAAUUGUUGUUGAAGCUCCACAGUUUAUAGUUUUUUGUUAAACACAAGUCUCAUGCUCUUUGUAAAUAAAUUAUUUUGAAUGUUGUCUGAA